AAUGAUUUAGUUGAAUAAAAAAAUUAUGUAUUGUAGUGACUCUGUUACGAGUUCCGGAAUUCCGACUCCGCGCCGGUUCGCAGCAGGCUUUUAUUUUAGUUACCUUGUUAUGAUUUCCGUGGUAGUCCAUGCACAAAUUUGCUCAGGCAAUUUUAGGGAUUCCAGCCCCCCACAAGAUUUUCACCCUCUCCGGGGGUUUUUAAUGGAAUAAAGAGUGCUGAAAUAUCGACAGUCUCUUGACUUCACAGUGAAAAUCCUGCGAUCCUGGCUUGGAUAGGCAACUAUUACCAUGGCAACAUCAUCCUUACCUGACAGGGAUCUUUCUCAACAUAGAUUUCCUGAGUUACGGCGGACAAGGAGUGUAACCACAUUUGCCGCUGCCCAUUAUGAGGAGCGUGUUGAAAGAUAUGUUACCAGACUUUUAGUGAUCAGGCGUAGUGUAGAUUCAAUUUUGUUGGACAUUGACUCAAGUCAACACAUGAGCCUUGAUAUAGCCAGUGAGAUAAGUGGUGAAUUAUCACAUCAUAUGGAACAAUAUAACCGAAUAUCAGAUGAAUAUAUUUCGUAUCUCAACGGUCAACGUACCCGUUAUGCUGAUCAUGAAGCAACUGAACAUUUUACUGUUGCCAACGAGUUGAGGUUAAAGGUUUCUUCGGCCUUGAAAAAGUUGCAGCCAAAGAGAGAUACUAUACCGGAAGUUAGAUCAAUCCGCAGCUCAACGGUUACCAAAACAUCCGACUCGCAUUUGACGUCAGUCUUGUUAAAACACACUGCUAAAGUUGAAGAAGCCAAAAUUAAGCUUCAAUAUGCGCAAGAGGAAGCUAGUCUCAUGCGACGAGAAGCAGAACUGAGAGCUCAAAAGUCAACACUGAAAAUUAAGCAAGAACUAGAUAUUGCUGAGUCAAGUUUGAACGCAGUAAAACAAGUGCUCGAAUUUACGUCUACAAAAGACGAAUGCAGUGAACGGUCACAUCCCUCUUAUGUUAGCAAGCGGACUACAGAUUUUGUUCAGGAUCAGAGAGCUUGUAUGCAACCUGCUAAUUAUCACGGAGAUGCGCCCAUAGUUGCACCGAUACAUAAGUAUGAUGACAUACCAGUUACCAAAGCACCACGUGCUCCACCGCCGCCUGUGGUCACUCAACUGAAUCCCAACGCUCGUCAAUUUGUCCCAGAUUCAACACAAACCAAGCUGGAUAACACUGCGGUUGCUAAGUUUCUUGCGAAAAAACACUUGCUCACUUCGCGUUAAACUGUGUUUGACGACCAGCCCGCUC